UCCGAGCAGAACUUGUUUGAAGAGGGAGCGAAGAAGAAGAAGGAGCCGCAAAGUAAGGGCAAUGAAUUUUGCAAAUUCCCAGUUGUUUUGUCCUAUCUUUUUAUUCCUAAUCAUCGCCGUGUUCUCGGAAACUCUACUUCCCGCUUUAGGGCAGCAAAUAGAUUGGAGAAGCGAGGGAUCUGAAAAUGGGUUCGGGCGCAGAGUUCUAAUGAGUUUCAAGGAAAAGCCCCCAGGGAGCAACGUCACAUUUGAAUGCUCUCCUUCUGGACCCUGCGUUCCCUGCCUCUAUUCGGAGAAGGGUGAUGAGAAAUAUCGCUGCAGUGAAACUGGCUACCGAAUUCCAUUGAAAUGUAUAGAAAGUGAAGAUUCUGUGAAGAGUUCAAAGAAAACAGAUUCUCAAAAUGCUCAGUCUACUCUGGAUGGUUCAUCUACUUCAGGUAACGGGUUGCAGGCUUACAUAACUUACAGAAGCUGUAUACCUUCAACUACUGAAGACAAGCUGUCAGUCCUUGGUUUUGAGGGGAUUGUGAUUUUGUUGCUGCUCAUCAGUGGAUCAAUCAUAUAUCGGAGAAAAAGGAAAUCAGUUUCAGUGUCAGGUUAUGCGGCAGUAAGAUCAUGAGACAAACUCUCUGUUAACAAACAAGUCUCUUGUAAUUGUAAGAUGAGAUCUAUACUCCAAACAUAGUUUAUUUUGGUUUAAUGUCAAGUUUCAAAACAGUUUUUUUUCUUCUUCCAUAUUAUCUGGUUUUUGCCCCUUUUAUUGUUAACACCACUAACUAUUCUAUUGACUCACACAGGACACAGCUAUAUAAUUCUUUUGUGUAUUGUACAAGUUAGAUUGGUUUCUCUGUAUUCUCUGUAGUUGUCUCAAUGUUAUGCACUUUUUGGUCAGAAGGCAUUUUCAAAUUUAAAGUAUGGCAUGGUUUUGUA